AUGGGACGGGUUGUUUCGGUUGGGGAGGACGAAGACGGUGCUGGGGCUGGAGUGACGGUGCUCGCGCCUCACUCAGCGCCUGGCCAGGCUUCGUGGAUGGUGGAGGAGGACGACGAGACUGCGUCAGUCUCGUCCUUCUCCUCCACGAGGAGCCACAUAGGCUCCAAGAGGAAGCGGACGGGGCAGGCCGUCGACGGAGUGGACCGGGCGAUGAACCCGGUCGUGAUGGUGAGUUGCCUCAGGGACGAGGUAACCGAGGAGAUAUCCGAGAGGAUCUCCUCGUCCCUGAAGCGGGUCGAGAAGGCCAAUCUCAACCACUGUCGCGCGGCACAGGACAUGAUGUCCCAAGUCCACGCGGAGUGGGGUGUUGGCCUGGCGGUCGCCGCCGAGCCGUACCGCGUGCCUGAUCACCCACAUUGGGUGGGCGACGCGGACGGUUUGGUGGCGACGGUAUGGGGAGGUGGCGACGGGUCCCCGCCGUUCUCCAUUCUGGAGCGCGGUCGGGGUUUCGUCGCCGUGGACUGGGGGGGAGUCGCCGUAGUGGGGUGCUACAUCUCGCCCCGCAGCGGUCACGCCGCGUUCGAGCUGUACUUGGCCGAGGUCGCGGCAUGCGUGCAGCGCUGCGCGGCCCGGCCGGUGCUGGUCCUGGGGGACUUUAACGCCAAGUCGGUGGCUUGGGGAUCCCCUAGGACCACCGUUCGCGGCGGGAUCCUGGGCGACUGGGCGGCGGGGCUCGACCUUCGGUUACUGAACCGGGGGUCGGAGCACACGUGCGUGCGGCGAUAUGGGGGGUCUAUCGUGGAUGUUGGAUUCGCGACCCCCAACGCCGUGCGCAUGGUGUCGGAUUGGCAGGUGGUCCCGGAGGCAGAGACACUCUCAGAUCACCGGUAUAUCCGGAUGGAGGUCUCUGCCGCCGGGGCUGCAUCCCGGCACCACCGCCCGGAUGGCACCCCACCGCGCCGCUGGGCGCUUCGGCGCCUGGACAAGGACGCCCUGAUGGCAGCUGCCCUCGCUGCAACUUGGCCGCAGGUGGCGGCCGAGUUGCCGAGCAUGGAGGAGGAGGCUGCCCGGCUCGGG